UGACAUUUAGCAGAUGGUCAUUGAAAGAUGUAAAUCCAUUUGCCGCCAGUAAUUUUUUUCUUCUUUGAUUUUAUUUCCGAAAUAGCUUAAAAGUCGGUGGUUAUAAAAAAUUAAAUUCAGUUUUAAAUUUGAAUUGGUAAAAUUUCUGUACACACAAAAAUGAAUGCAUCAAAAGUUCCCAUAGAAUGGAAGCGACGUGUUAAAACGGAAUACAUGAAAAUUAGACAACAAAAGCGAUAUAAACGAGCUGAUGAAAUCAAGGAAGCUUGGAUCAAAAAUUGGGAAGAACAUAACUACAACGUUCAGGACUUAUACUGCGAGCCAAAAGUUUGGCAUGCACAACCUUAUGAUCCUCCACAUUUGGAUUGUAUAAAAAAAGCCGAGGUUUCUGGUUAUAACGGUGCAGGUCCACAAAAAGUACCUAUUUGUAUAAUAAAUGCUGUUACGCCAAUACCUACAAUGUAUACAUGGGCGCCAACACAGCAAAAUUUCAUGGUAGAAGAUGAAACUGUGUUGCACAACAUUCCGUAUAUGGGAGAUGAAGUACUAGACAAAGAUGGUAAAUUUAUUGAAGAGCUGAUAAAAAAUUAUGAUGGUAAAGUACAUGGUGAUAAAGACCCAUCUUUUAUGGAUGACGCUAUUUUCGUUGAAUUGGUACAUGCUUUAAUGCGAAACUAUACUAAAGAAGAAGAAAUAUCAUGUGUGGGUUUUGGUAGUAGUGUUGCUAAAUCGGAAACUCAAAAAACCGACACACUUUCCAGGGAUGAAAAAUCAAGCGAUUCAUUAUUUGAUGGCCGAAAUGUCCAAUUAGUUGAAGAUGAUGAAAACACAAAAACAAAGGAAGAACAGAUGCGAAAAGAAAAGAUGCCCUUUCCAACUCCUAUAAUUUUCCAAGCCAUUAGUUCAAAUUUUCCAGAUAAGGGAAAUCCCCAGGAAUUAAAAGAAAAGUAUAUUGAACUAACCGAGCAUCAGGACCCCGAAAGACCGCAAGAAUGCACUCCCAAUAUCGAUGGUGAAAAAGCAGAAAGUGUGUCACGAGAGCACACAAUGCAUUCAUUCCACACUCUAUUUUGUCGCCGUUGUUUUAAAUAUGACUGUUUCCUUCAUCGUCACCAAAUAAACGGCCUUCAAGUGGGACAUGCAGGACCAAAUCUACAGAAACGGCGUUUUCCUGAGUUGAAACCAUUUACAGAACCUUGUAGCAAUGCAUGUUAUAUGUUAUUGGAUGGUAUGAAAGAAAAAUUAGCUGCUGACAGUAAAACACCACCAAUUGAUUCUUGCAACGAAGCCAGCUCUGAAGACAGCAACGACAGUAACAGUCAAUUUAGUAAUAAAGACUUCAAUGCAGAAAAUGGAAAAGAAAAUAGUAUUGUUGUUAACAGUGCUGUUUCCGCAGAAAUCAACUCUAUAAUGGCCGGAAUGAUGAACACAUCAAACUCAAAAUGUGACUGGACUGGCGCUGAUCAAUCUUUAUUUCGAACGUUGCAUAAAGUAUUUUUGAAAAACUAUUGCGCUAUCGCUCAAACUAUGCUUACAAAAACAUGUCAACAGGUGUAUGAGUUUGCUCAAAAAGAGGAAGCAGAAUUUUGUAUUGAAGAAUUACGUCAAGAUUACACUCCACCACGUAAAAAGAAGAAGAAGCAACGCCUUUGGUCAUUGCAUUGUCGAAAAAUUCAACUAAAGAAAGAUUCUUCUUCAAAUCACGUCUAUAACUAUACACCAUGUGAUCAUACUGGACCCUGCGACAUGAAUUGCUCUUGCAUUCAAACUCAGAACUUCUGCGAGAAAUUUUGCAACUGCAGUAGUGAUUGUCAAAAUCGGUUUCCUGGUUGUCGUUGCAAGGCGCAGUGUAACACGAAGCAAUGUCCGUGUUAUUUGGCGGUGCGUGAGUGCGAUCCAGAUUUAUGUCAGGCUUGCGGUGCCGAUCAAUUCAAGCUGACAAAAAUUACUUGCAAGAAUGUGUGUGUGCAGCGUGGAUUACAUAAACAUCUUUUAAUGGCGCCUUCUGAUAUAGCGGGAUGGGGAAUAUUUCUUAAAGAAGGCGCUCAAAAAAACGAGUUUAUUUCAGAGUAUUGUGGCGAAAUCAUUUCGCAAGACGAAGCCGAUCGGAGGGGCAAAGUGUAUGACAAGUAUAUGUGCUCAUUUUUAUUUAAUCUAAACAAUGACUUCGUUGUUGACGCCACGAGAAAAGGCAAUAAAAUUCGUUUUGCCAACCAUUCUAUUAAUCCGAAUUGCUACGCUAAGGUAAUGAUGGUAACAGGAGAUCAUAGAAUUGGAAUAUUUGCUAAACGUGCAAUUCAACCUGGAGAAGAGCUGUUCUUCGACUAUAGAUAUGGGCCUACUGAACAACUGAAGUUCGUAGGUAUAGAAAGAGAAAUGGAAAUAGUGUAAUGAAAAAAAUCUUAAAAUAUUUGAAUGUAUUAUGGGUUUAUUAUAAAAAUAUAAACAUUUUA